AGUUUAGAUUUGCAGAGAUUUGAGGGAGCUUGGAAAAUUGGGAAUGAACAAACUAGUAGAAUAGCUAGGGAUUAAAGAUACUGAAAAAAGAGAGGGGAAGCAUAACCAGUUAAGUAAUAUUUAAAGAUUAUUAUCAGAUUUAAAGUAACGUGUAGAUUCAAGAUUAAGUUUAGUUGCUAUUAUUAUAAUGCUAGAAGUGUUAGGAAUAAAAUUGGUGAGUUCAGGAUGAGGUUGAAAUGGAAUACUGUGAUAUAAUUGGAUUUAAUGAAACUUGACCACUUUUGGAGAACAUGUUAGGACAAGAAAAAUGAAUCUUAGUUUCUAAUUUUCAGAAGGUUAAUUUUGAAGUCACAAGACAAAAUUUAUCAUUAGUUAAUUGGUAUAAUGAAUUAAAAGGUGGUGUGGGACAGAUUAAAGUAUUUUUUUAAGACAAUUUUAAUUCAAGAUAAGACAUGUUUCUAGAGGAGGGGUAGGAUAGCAGGGAAAAUUAAACCUAAGUAGCCUACUAAAAGAAUUAAAGAGAAAACCAAGGAUAAAUGCCAUGUGUUUAAGAAGUCUAAAUUUACAAAAAUUUACAUAACUAUACAAUAGAUAGGGAAUUUAUUAACAAAUAGGACUUAGAAGAAACAACAGGCUUAUGAUGUAAAAACUAACAAAAGCUUUUUUUUUAAGUAUGUUAAAGGUGAGCAAAUGUUGAAAUGUAGAUUGGAAAAUGUUUUUGUUGAAGGUUAUGAAAUGGUUGAGCAUUUAAAUAUGUGUUCAGUUUUUAUAAAAGAAUAUGUUUGCAGCAUUCUGGACCUACAGCAUUUUAUGUGAAAUGCUGAAAUUAACCUCAGUGAUUUAGAUGUUACUCACAAGAUUAUAAGUAAAAAGAGUGAGAGAUUAAGAAUAAAGCACCAGAACCAGACAAGGUUUUUCUUAGGACUUUAAAAAUUGAAUAUUCAAGCACCUCUCAUUUUUGCCAGGUCAACAGCUAGUGGAUAAGUGCCUGAAGUCCUAUUUUUAAAGGAGAUGUCUAGAUUUUUCCAAGUGCCAUGGUGUUUUCAAGUUUUCCAGGAUCUACUUUUCUGUCUCAUCUGGGUUCUAGACUGUUCAGCACUUCAAGACCAGCAAGUCACAUAAUCAAGUUAACUCGACUUCGAGUGGUAGACAACAGUGCCCUCGGAAAGCAAGCCAUGAUGGAUGGGAAGCCUCCUAGGUGUAUUCAUGUGUAUAAUAAAACAGGAAUUGGAACAGUUGGUGAUAAAAUACUUGUAACAAUUAAAGGCCAAAAGAAAAAAGCUUUGAUUGUUGGAGUGCGACAGAGACAAAAGUGUUUUGUACCAAGGUUUGACUCUAAUAACAUUGUUCUUAUUGAUGACAAUGGAAAUCCUCUAGGUACUAGGGUUCAUGUCCCAGUUCCAUCCAUGUUAAGAGGAAAGAAAGAAUUUUCAAAAGUUCUUGCUCUUUGUACAAGCUUUGUGUAAAUUGGGUCAAACUGCCAAGUUGGUUGUGUAGAAUUUUUACAUUAAUGUAUUGAAAGAACUCUUUAAAUAAAUAGUAGUUGUAAAUUAACUUGUCAGAAACUGUUGGUCACUUGUAUUUGAGUUCCGAGAAAAAUCCCUCACUUGAAAUAGUAAUGAAAUAA